UGCGCUGCGGUCACAUUCAGUCUGCCAAGAAAAGAAAUUACACACGCGCGCUUGUGUUUCGGCUCGUACUAAAAAACAUAAAAUUGUAAAGUAAAAACUAGCUUAAGUCCGCGGAAAUAACAAUUGUGUUUACUAGCAAAAACAUACAUACAUACGUCGUAUACGUAACUCAUUUAUCGGCACAACUCUGGUGCGAGUGCGACAGCAAUAGCAGGCCGAGUGCAGCAGUGCGAUUGCAGCCAAGCGAAGGGGAAAAACCAAAGAAGUUAUUAUAAUUCCAGAGUGGAAUUAAUUCCCGGGCGGCUAAAAAUCCAAAUAAACGAUAAACUGCUGCAUAGUCAUGGAACCCUGGAAGGGCUCAUAACAACAAGAAGGGAGUUUUCGGCCCCGCAAGAACAACAACAACAACCAGAGACAGUGGAAGAACAAGACUGCGACGGCCACUCCUUUUGUGUCCGACUUCGAGAUGUGUGCGUGUUCGUGUCCGCGUCCGCCUUUGUGUGUCGAGCAAUUGAAAACUGGUGAUUGCUGAAUAAAUUAAGGUAGCUAAAUUAAUAAUUAGCGAAGCGAGUGGGGCCAAUAAAAAGUGAAAAUCUUCUGCGUUUUCGUAAAGCGAAAGAAACUACAGCUACAGUUAGAAGAGAUAAGAAGAGCUCUCGCACCCACACACAUACGCAUACACAAAAGCGCAGGCCGAACGAACGAGUGUGCGUGCGUGUGAAUGUGUUCAUGACUCACGGCUGGUUCAGUGAGAGCGAGGGGGAGACAAAGAUAAAGAGAGCGAGAGCGAGAGUGGUGGCUUGAGUAACAGUAACAAAAAAAAACUAAAGGCAAACAACAACAAAUCCAAAUCCGCUGAACGUUUAGAAUUUUCCAAGUCGAGCGUAACUAAACGCAUUGGAAGAAAAUCCCCAUCUAUACAAAGGGAGCGAGAGAGAAAGCCGCUGGAAAAAUGAGCUUCACCAAGUGGUUCAAGAAGAAGGGCGGGGAUGGGGGAUCGAUCUCCGAGAUCGGUGCACCCACAAACUUCCAGCGUCACUUCCAUGUGUCGCGCAACCAGGAGACGGGCGACCUGGAAGGCCUUCCAGCGCCCUGGGUCCGCCUGAUGAACUCACAGAUCACUCGCGAUGAGCAGGACAAGAAUCCAGAUGCCGCCUACCAUGCCGUCAAGUACUACAACUACUCGAUCAAGAAGAAGGAGAACGAGGUCUUCAAGCCCUUCAUCACCGAGGACGUCAUCCACGAGGAGUCCAAGGAGAUCGAGAACUAUGUCAACUACAAGAACAAGCACAAGUCGCAGGACCCCGAGAAGUCCGACGACGAUGGCAGCUCCACGGCCACGGAGACGGAGAGCAGCAGCGGAUGCGGCUCCUCGGCGGGAAAUAGCAACAGCAGCAGCAUCAACGACAGCAGCCAACAGUCGGCGGUGCGGCUGGACGCCUUGGAGGAGGUGUUCAAGGAGCUCAAGUCCAAUCUGGAGCACCGCGAAACGCUAAAGGCGGCGCCACAGGAACCGCCACCAGUGCCGCCCAAGAAAUCGCCACAUGCCAUGCCGCCCAAGCCGCAGAUCAAGCCCAAACCCAGGGUUACCCAGAAGUUCUCACGCACAUCGGACCUGCGGCAGGAGGAGGACUCUGAAAACCAGCACAAGAUCAACACGGACACCAUCAUCAUCAAGCCGGCCGGCAAUGCCCAGGAUGCCGAUGACAAUCCGGACGAGACGAUACUGCGCCGCUCCAAGGAGAAGCGGGCCCAGAAGACCGAUGCCGAGAUCUACGAUGAGCUGCGGGCCAUUUGCAAUCCAGAGGAUCCCAGGGAACGCUACAAGACCACCCAGGAGGUGGGCAAAGGUGCCUCCGGCAUAGUCUUCAUAGCCGGCGAUUUGCAGAACGAAUCACAGGUGGCCGUCAAGACGAUCGACAUGAAGAACCAGUCCUCCAAGGAUCUCAUACUCACCGAAAUCCGGGUGCUUAAAGACUUCAACCACAAGAACCUGGUCAACUUCCUGGAUGCCUACCUGCUGGAGCCCGAGGACCAGCUGUGGGUGGUCAUGGAGUACAUGGAUGGCGGCCCACUGACCGACGUCGUUACCGAGACUGUGAUGAAGGAGCGUCAGAUCGCCUGCGUUUGCCGCGAGACGCUCUAUGCGAUCAGCUUCCUGCACGCCAAGGGCAUCAUCCACCGAGACAUCAAGUCGGACAACGUGCUCCUGGGCAUGGAUGGCAGCGUCAAGGUGACGGACUUCGGCUUCUGCGCCAACAUCGAGGGCGACGAGAAGCGCCAGACGAUGGUGGGCACCCCGUACUGGAUGGCGCCCGAGGUGGUCACGCGCAAGAAGUACGGCAAGAAGGUGGACAUCUGGUCCAUCGGCAUCAUGGCCAUCGAGAUGAUCGAGGGUCAGCCGCCCUAUCUGUACGAGACCCCGCUCCGCGCCCUCUACCUGAUCGCCGCCAACGGCCGGCCGGACAUCAAGAGCUGGGACAAGCUCAGCCCCAACCUGCAGGACUUCCUCGACCGCUGCCUCCAGGUGGAGGUCGACCGAAGGGCCACUGCCGACGAGCUGCUUAGCCAUCCCUUCCUCAGCGACUGCAGCGAGGUCAAGGCCCUGGUGCCCAACAUCAAGGCCGCCAAGAAGGUGCUCCGACGCAACGUAUAGUUGCUGUGCAAUCACCGAACGGCCAGGCUGCUCUACGCGUGAUCGGAAGCGGAAUCGGGUUCGGGAUCGGAUACGGGGGAUCUGCCCCGUGUGUAUAAUGAGUUUUCAAUGUAAAUUUGUUUUGUGUGGACGAAACCGGAACUGGAACUGGAAUAGAAUGCUGAUCGUAGUCUUUGUAGUGUGUACAACCGUAGAAAUAGCGAGGGCAGGACUAGGACCCGGCCACUCCCCUUCGAAAGCAGCACGAGACGGCGAGAAGGAGAGAUGAGAACUGAGGCCGGAAAACUCGGAGGAAGCCGUCGCAAAACCGUGGAUCCAUAUCGCAUCGCUCAGAGGCAGAGGGGCGGGGGUUAUCGCUUAGAUUAGAUUGUCCUAUGGCAAAUUAGCUUACUUCGUACAUGGCGCGCAUGCCGAUGUAUAUGCGACGAAACGCACACAAACACGCACAUAUGAUAUAGAUACUGUAUUAUUAACUGUAGGGACAUAAGUUUGAUUACUCCUUAUAUACCCGUAUAUAUACAUAAUUGUGAUUUAAGCGAUUUUAUCAAGUCUGCAUUAUGCGAUUCUUUAUAAAAUUCGUCGUAGUCAGUAAGUGCAAACGAACCCUAAACAGAGAACAUGCAAUACUUGUUGUAAAUUACCAAAAACAAAACACGAAAAAAUCAAAGCGAAGGCGAUAAUUAUAGCAAGUCGAAAUGAGUGUAACAAGUGCCAUUAGGACUAGAGCUAGCAGCAGCAAGCGACACACCAGCAACAGCAGAAUUAUCUCCACAAUUUAUGCAUUUCCCAUAGAGUACAGAUAUAUAUCAAUGCAAAACAGAUAACUAACUAGACAAGCCAGAGCCCGAAGCUUGUAUAUUAGCUGAUAUUCGCAGUGUUGACGGGAUUGAGGGAAAAAUCUUUGAUAUUCCAUUUUAAUUAGUACAAACUUAAGACUAACCGAAAACGCCACAAACGAGCAGAUUUACAUAGACUUCCCCGUUCCUUCCCCGAGACAUUUGCCAUAUGCACCGAGAGAAAAUUGUAAUUCUAUACAGAAGCCUAUCAUAGUAGAGAUGUUAUUUAACGCGGUAAUGUGUGUGUCAAAGCUAAAGUGAAAUAUUGAAACAAAGAAGUAUCCCUAAAGGGAGUAUAUGCAUAUAGAAAGUGGUAUACGUACACUAAACCUAGUCCCAUCGGGAGUUACGAGCAAUGUCAAUUGCUGAGGAAGAUAUCUUGAAGAGAAAGUAAUCAGCAACCCAUCCGAAGUGGGUUUUCCGUUUCCACCACCCCCCUUUCAGUUGAAUAUUGAGUGCUACUUCCCACCACAGGAUUUAUUCGAAAAGUAUGUAGCCAGUCGGUAGACUCUUCGCGGAUAUUUUACUGAAACACAACGAAGGCGGAACUAGGAAGGGUACAUUCGAGGUUAUUCUGCCGGCAGGUGUUAGCUUUCUUUAACUGUUACAUAUACACAACACCUAUAGGGAUUAUCUUUUACUUGCAAUUCUGAUAUUAGUAGGCAUUGGAUUGCUGCUGCUGCAGAUCGGUUCAUAGUUAAAUUUUAUAUACUACACGAAAUCCCAAUAUUUGGCCUAUAAUUAUGCAUUCAUAAUUUUUAAAGAGCUUAACUUAACUAUUAAUCGAAAAUUUACUUGAUUUUCUUAGUUUAGCUU